AUGGUACUUUUGGCUAGGCAAAUAUGGAACUACAAAACUACGCCGUCUUUUGCUGAAGAAAUCCACAACCUUCACGGUUUGAUUAAUGCCAUUGGAAAAUUUCAACCAACCUUUGGAACCGAUACAUGGAAAUGCCCUAAAUCGAAUGAUGGUAUCUACAAUAUAGAUACUAUCAGAUUAAUAAUUGAUAAUACCGAACCAACGAAUAAUGAAGUAUUUAUCCCGUGGAUUCAUGAUGUUCCAAUAAAGGUGGAAUAUAGUAAUAAUGGUUACUUAAGUGGAACCAAAGAAGAAAUAAGCUCUAAACUUCCAUUUUAUCCCGGACUUGAGGCUGUAGGAUUAAUUGCUCUAGUGGGUGAUGAAGUUAAAAAUCUAAAAGUCGGCACUCCAGCAGCAAUACUUUAA